AUGAAACCUAUCGCGCCGACCCUGUCCAUCGACCGCCCCGAGCAGUGCGCCUGUCCCGAGUGCCUCUCGCCGACGUCACCGGUAUGGACCUCGCCGCGCACGAGUGUGAGCAGCAAUGGCAGCAGCGAUAGCACAGUCGACCAGGGGCCCAACAUACACAGAGGUGGCCGCGAUGGCAGUCUGGCCCAGGUAGAGUCACCGAGUCUGAAUCACCUAGGUGUGUCACUCCGCCUGGGAGCUGAAGCAAAAGGCGUCAACAAAGAAAAUAAGGAACUGGAAAGGCGACAACAGUUUCCUCGUUGA